UUCAUAUUACGACGCAACGACGAAGCAGUGCAGCAAAAGAGGCGGCAAAAACGGGAAGAAGAGGCAGCAGAGAGCGGCGGUGAAUCGCAAUCGGGAAAACAGACAUAUUUCGCGUCAAUCUUUAUUUUUGCCAUAUUAGAUUUUCGGCGUUCUAAAAUAAACACAGCAAACAUAGCAUAAAGCGGGUGUUGCAACAAAGCUAUCGACCAUUGAUUGUGCGUCGUUUUCGAAGACAAGAGGGAAGCACCGGGAUGUGCAAGUCACGCGGUUUUUAGUUUUUUCCCUUCACCUAAUCGACAUGCAUAAAAAGUAAUCAAAAUAAUAUUCUGUGUGCACCAUUUUGAAGGUUAGAUUUCGCGUAUAUAUUUCGCUCGGAAUACGCGAUAAAACAAAGGCAAAAGCGGGCGGCGCAAACGUGUCUCUGCAUCAGUAUGCUUUUGUGUGUUUUUUUUCUUCCCCUUCUACGUGCUUAAGUUGUGCUUACAAAAAUAACAUAAACCGAGGAAUUAAAUGCAAAUAAUAGAUAUACGGAAAAAGUAAACCAAAGUGUAAUCAAAGGAAUAAGUGAAAAAAAACCAAAAGUCAGCGUUCUGCGUCCUUAGGAACAAAAGGAGAGUGAAAGGAGAAAAGAAAUCGCGCUCAACUUUGAAAUUUCAAAAAGGCCACAGCAACAACAACACGCUAGCACGCACACACACACACGACAGCCCUUGCUGGAAAGAGACGGAGCGACAGCUCCUUUCGCCUUUUUCCUUUUGUUCUUGUUAUUUUUGUUGUCGCUCCGUUUUUGUUGCCGCAUUGUUGUUGUUGUUGCUGGCGCUGCUUUGAAAUCGACGCAAACUGUUCAACUGUCAUGGCCGGUAAUGGAGAGGCGUCCUGGUGCUUCUCACAGAUUAAAGGCGCCUUAGACGAUGAUGUCACGGAUGCGGACAUCAUAUCCUGCGUGGAAUUCAAUCACGAUGGCGAGUUGCUGGCCACCGGCGACAAGGGCGGUCGCGUCGUCAUCUUUCAACGAGAUCCUGCCUCGAAAGCCGCCAAUCCGCGACGCGGCGAAUACAAUGUCUAUUCGACAUUCCAAUCGCACGAGCCCGAAUUCGAUUACCUCAAGUCGCUGGAGAUCGAGGAGAAGAUCAACAAGAUUCGGUGGCUGCAACAGAAGAAUCCCGUACACUUUCUGCUCUCGACCAACGACAAGACGGUCAAGUUGUGGAAGGUCAGUGAGCGGGACAAGUCGUUCGAGGGCUACAACACGAAGGAGGAGAACGGCCUGAUCCGGGAUCCACAGAAUGUGACGGCUCUGCGUGUGCCUUCCGUGAAGCAGAUACCGCUGCUUGUGGAGGCAUCGCCGCGCCGCACCUUCGCCAAUGCACACACCUAUCACAUCAAUUCAAUUAGCGUUAACUCCGACCAGGAGACCUUCCUCUCGGCCGACGAUCUGCGCAUCAACCUCUGGCACCUAGAGGUGGUUAAUCAGAGCUACAACAUCGUCGACAUCAAGCCAACUAACAUGGAGGAGCUGACGGAGGUGAUCACCGCGGCCGAAUUCCAUCCGACCGAGUGCAAUGUGUUCGUCUAUUCGAGCUCCAAGGGCACAAUACGAUUAUGUGAUAUGCGUUCGGCGGCGCUAUGCGACCGGCACAGCAAACAGUUCGAGGAGCCCGAGAAUCCAACGAAUCGCAGCUUCUUCAGCGAGAUAAUUAGCUCCAUCAGCGAUGUCAAACUAAGUAACUCCGGUCGCUACAUGAUCUCCAGGGAUUACCUGAGCAUCAAGGUGUGGGAUCUGCACAUGGAAACGAAACCCAUUGAGACCUAUCCGGUCCACGAAUACCUGCGCGCCAAGCUGUGCUCGCUGUAUGAGAACGACUGCAUCUUUGACAAAUUCGAGUGCUGUUGGAAUGGCAAGGAUAGUUCGAUAAUGACCGGAAGCUACAAUAACUUCUUCCGCGUGUUCGAUCGCAACUCGAAAAAGGAUGUGACGCUAGAGGCGUCCAGGGACAUCAUCAAGCCGAAGACGGUGCUGAAGCCACGAAAAGUUUGCACUGGCGGCAAACGGAAGAAGGACGAGAUCAGCGUGGACUGUCUCGACUUUAACAAGAAGAUUCUGCACACCGCCUGGCAUCCCGAAGAAAAUAUCAUUGCUGUGGCUGCGACCAAUAAUCUAUUCAUAUUUCAGGAUAAAUUUUAGCCAACACUCUACUACGCAGCAGCAACAACAACACCAUACGCCACAAUCACACCAACAACUACAACUACAGAAACAACAACUACGAAAGCAAACACUCCUCAUUCUAAUGUUAAUUCAAUCGGUUUGUUUCAGCCGCCUUUUCAAAUUUCCCUCGGAAUUCAACUGUUUGCCUAACAUCAUUACCUCAGUCCAUCACACUCCCCCUCUUCUCCCCAAAAAACACACACACAUAAUGCCAUAGCAAAAGCUUUGUAAUGUAUAUCUUUGAAUCGAGAAAUAAGAAACAAGAAACGAGAAAGUUUAAAGCAAAUAAGAGAAGGAAAAAAAUUUUUAUACAUAACAUUUCUAUGCGUAAAGUUGAUUUCUUGUAGCUCAAUUCGAGGAGUAGCCCCGUAACAAGGGUAGCAUAUUUAAUAAUGAUGAUAACGAUUGAUUUGCCCCGAAAGUUCUUUGUAAUAAUUAGCGCCAGCGCCGAAGUAUUUGUAAUAAAUGAUAAUAAUUAUAAUAUAUCUAAAAGAGAAAAAACAUACAAAACUAAAAUCGUAAAAAUUGUGCAUAUUGUAAUAUUUUUUCUGUUCGCUUGUUGUUAAGUUUACACACACACACACCCCUGUUUGCUCUUCUUUAUAAACACAGAUUAUAUUCCGAAGUAAAUUCGUUUUGCGACAGCGUUCAUUCCAAGCAAAUGAGCCUUCAUCCAUCGAUUAUGUCUCAUUUUAAAAUCUCAUCAUUAGCAAUUCGAACAGCAACCGAGGAAGUGUUGUGUGUCCUCUCUCAGUCAAGAAACCAAUUCAAAAUGCUCAUUUUAACAAAUCUAAUUCACUAAGAAGUCAAGCAGAGAGAAGUCAAAGCAGAGGCAGAAGCGCAGAAGGAGUAUAAGAAAAAUGAAUGCAUUGAUAUCGUGUGUAUUUGCAGUUAAUACGAUAUACAUAUACAUCUAUACAGCCUAAGUUAAAAAUACAAUUUAGUGUUCUCAAUUUGUUUAAUUUAAUAAUUAUCGUAUCUGAAAUGAGAAGCAAAUGCAAACAAACAAAAAAAAAAAAAAUGAUAUAAAAGCAAACAAGAAGAAAAAUAAGAAACAACACUAUUUUUAUACGCUACAUUUUAAGCUAUAGUAUUGCUACUUUUAGUUCAACUAUGCGUGCGUGCGUCCAAGACCAAUUCUCACAUAUAGUCUGUCCGAACCGAAAACCCCGCCCCCGAACCCUCGCCCCCCUCAUUUACCAUCGGUCAACGACUUUUCCAGCCUGUUUAUUGUUUUUUUUUGUAAAGUUUCCUUUAAUCAUCAUUGUCAUGUUUUCCACAAAAAAAGAACUAUAAACAAAAAGGAACCAUUUUUGAUAGGUUAUCUAGUGUCUAGUGUUAACAACAACAAAAUUAAAUAUAUAUAUAUAUAAACAAACAA